CCUAUCCCUCGAGCCGCACCCGUUGUCUUUCCGAGGAUACCAUUCGGACCCUGUGUAAUGGAAAAUUACCUUAUCCUCUCACCUGACCCGUACGGACCGAAGACCAGCGUCCGUCUUCUUCCGUCCCAUCGGCUGUAAUCGCAGGAGAUGGGAGGAAAUGACGGGAUUGCGUGGGUUAUUUAUCCCCCAUUUGGAAGGAUUGGUCAUAGAUGGAGGGAGAAAUCCAAACCUUACGUGCACAGGCAUCGUUGCAAUUUCAGAGGCUGAUUUCCGGUGCGGUGUAGUCGGGGAUUCAUUUCUCGAGUUGGAUUCGAAGAGAAAGUACAACAACCGAAGAAGUCAUUCAAUACCCAAAUCCAAUCACUCAAUUCUGAAAGGUGAGGUUUAUGAGAUGGAUAGCGACGAUGAAGAAGAGAUGGCCGAGACCGUGGUGGUGCUCGUGGUGGCCGCAUGCGUCGCUGCUGUUGGGGAAUAUUAUCACCACUAUAUGUUAAGAUAA